GAUCAACCUAUACUUUACCCCGACCAUGAAGCCGAUCCACGCCCCGCCGUCGUUUCCGAUCCCGGGUGGCCGCGCAGCGGAUCGAUCGGAUUGGCCCGUGGAUAGUCUGCCACCAUACUACGGCAGUACUUUUACUGCCCUCUGCCAGCUCUGGACCAUCAUGCAGGAGGUUGCCGCGCUUGGACGGGGCUGAGAGGGCAGUGCAUACGCCGGGGUGCCCCUAGCCGCGGCCGAGGCGAAGUUCCAGAAGCUACUGUAUUGGACAGACUCAUUGGGAAAGGACAUGACGCUGACGGCCACCAGCCCUGACCCGGUGGUAGUCUCCACAUGUUCUUCCAUUGUGCGGUGCUGGACCUGUUUCUGCCGCUCUGCGACAGGGGGCAGUCGCGCCAGCGGCUAUACUCGUGGCAGUCGGAAGACAGCUCGGCGGAAGCAAUCUGUCGCGCCUCGACGAAUCAGCUCAAGCAUAUACUGGUCGACUGCCGCCUCCAUCGCCAUCGCGCUCUGGCUAGCCUGUGUACGGCGGCCUUUAUCCGGGUGAGCAACGCCAUGUUGCGAGACGCCGGCCGUGGUCACAUCAUGCAUGCGAGGCAGAUGUCCUCUGAAUCUGGCGGCGGUGCCCCGGUCCGCGCUCCUGCUGUCGACCCGGAGUGGCGGUUCUAUUUCCUGCUCUGCCUGGCCAACUGCCAGGACAUGCUGAUCUGUUUCACUCUGGCGGCGCCGCUAAUGCGGGGGCUGCUCGCUAACGCCAUGCAGCAAGGCGUCAUGUCGGCAGCGGAGGCGAAGACGAUAGUGGUCAACCUCGAGGCCAGGGCGACCAGUCAUGCGGCCGAGGCGCUGUGGGAGGACUUUGGCGAGGUGCUGUUGGAUCUCAACCAUACUGCUGUGAGGCCGAUGGAGUCUCAGACCAGCAAGAUCUCGGGCAAAUUCGAGGAGCUGGUGGCCUUUCAGGACUUCACCAUUGACGAAGACUUUAUGCAGCCGGGUGAAGGCUCCGGCGGUGCGGCGCAGGCCGGGAGGCGUGGGGGGAGAGGCAGCAGGAGAAGAGCUGCGGCCACGGCAAGGACGGGUGCAAGGCAGGACGGAGUGGCGAAACGGGCGUAGAUAUGACUCCUUAACCACGGCAGUGGUCCGGGCAGGCGUGGAGUUUCCGACCUAAGGGCCACAAAAUAAUAGUGUAAUUGAAAGUGAGACGAGUGGGACGAGAGGAAAAGAGAAAGUACUUGAAGUACUGGUCCAGAUGUAGCAGAGCUUCCCCUGAGCAGACAGGCGUGAGGAGGUGCAGAGCGGCUGUGGGGGCCGCAUCCUGCCCGCACAUACAGGUACGGGAAGUGCCGAUCCUCAAGAAUGGCAUGUUCCGGUCCAGAUCGUGAUUGUCUAGGCGCGCGCCCACGCGAGAAAGUUGCCAGGGCAGGAUCAACGGUGC